GACAAGUACAACGUGUAAUUACAUCUUACUGAACAGACAUCUCGUAUACAAGAAUGAUACGCACCGUUUUCAUAAGCUGUGUCUUUGUACUGGUCUUUGGAAAGGCUCCUGUGUACCAACUUGAUUCCGACACAAUUAUUCCCGAUGAAUACAUUGUGGUGUUUCACACCGACACUUCGUCCAAAACAGUCGUGCAGCACAUGAAGAAUUUUGCCGAUUCUUUUAUCAAAUCUAAGAAUUCUUCAACUGAAAUAUUAAGUGAAUUCAACAUGAAGAACUUUACCGGAUACGCAUUCCGUGGUCCAAUCAGUGUUGUUGAAAUAUUACAGGAUAUGCCAGAAGUGGAAUUUAUCGAAGCUAAUCAGCCCUCUGUGGCUAUGUUCCAGCCCUCUGUGGCUAUGUGCCUGUAUGUUCAAGCCUUCUAUGGCUAUGUUCCAGCUCUCUAUGGCUAUGUUCCUAUGUUCCAACCAUUUAUAGUACAAAUCUUUGUGUCAGUGUUCUUAUGGUAUUUGUAUGCUAAUUUGAAAAACAGUUUCUCAUUCAUGGAAUAUUUUCUCAGGCAGGUACAUGGUUUGAAUUAUGAUAAACAGCUAUUUAUCACACGUCUUAACAAACCCAUCGUUGGCCUUCCAGCAUUUUAUCAUGACAUUCUUAAGACCUGGUUCUCUCUUACAACAUUAAGAAAGGACAAACCAUCCACAUUUGUGGAAGUGUGUGCAGAACCAUUGUUUAAUAACCCACUGGUCUUGCAUCCAAUUCAAAACACACCACUUAAUUUGUUACAUUUCCGUGAAGCUGGCAUCACCAAAGUUGUUGAUCUGAUAGGUUACGGUAAUAAUAAUUGGCUACAAGUUGAUGAUUUACAUGAAAUAGUACCCAUAUAUUCAAAGAGACUGCUUGGUAUGACCCUUAAUGUCCCAUGA